ACACCCACAGCUUUCAAACCAUUUUUCUCUUCCACUCCUACACUAGCUUCACAACAAAAACCCCAACACCUCGUCGCUAAAAAAAAUGGCUAUGCUCUCAACUUCACUAGCCGGUCCUAAAUCCGCCACCGCAUAUUGUCCACCGAACUUCUCCGGCCUCCGCCGAUCAUGCCCUACGCUCGCCGAGACUCACUCUGUUUCUCACUCAUUUCUCCGCCAUUUCAACACCCAACUCCGCGUCUCUUCUCGUAAGCCUUCUAGAUACGUCGUCGCUAUGGCCGGCACUGGAAAGUUCUUUGUUGGAGGAAAUUGGAAGUGUAAUGGGACAAAAGAGUCUAUCACUAAACUUGUGUCUGACAUGAACAAUGAAAAGUUGGAGGCAGAUGUUGAUGUAGUUGCUGCACCUCCCUUUGUUUACAUUGAUCAGGUGAAGUCUUCAUUAACUGAUAGAAUUGAGAUAGCUGGUCAAAACUCCUGGGUUGGUAAAGGUGGGGCUUUCACAGGAGAAAUCAGUGUGGAACAACUAAAAGAUGUAGGCUGCAAGUGGGUUAUUCUUGGACAUUCUGAACGCAGGCAUGUAAUUGGUGAAAAAGAUGAGUUCAUCGGAAAGAAGGCUGCUUAUGCCUUGAGCCAGGAUCUUGCGGUGAUAGCUUGUAUUGGUGAACUUUUAGAAGAGAGAGAGGCAGGAAAAACCUUUGAUGUUUGUUUUCAGCAAUUGAAAGCAUAUGCAGAUGCUGUGCCCAGUUGGGAGAAGAUAGUAAUUGCUUAUGAGCCUGUAUGGGCUAUUGGGACCGGUAAAGUGGCCUCACCUCAGCAAGCUCAGGAAGUGCAUGUUGCUUUACGAGAUUGGCUUAAAAAGAAUGUCUCAGAGGAAGUUGCAUCCAAGACACGAAUCAUUUAUGGAGGAUCUGUAAAUGGAGGCAACUGUGCAGAGCUUGCAAAGGAAGAAGAUAUUGAUGGUUUUCUUGUUGGCGGUGCAUCCCUAAAGGGCCCUGAAUUUGCUACCAUUAUCAAUUCUGUAACAUCCAAGAAAGUCGCGGCUUGAUUACGUAGCGUUUGUCUGGGCAAUACGACACCGACAAAUAAAGUGAGGAUGCUUCAGAUUGAAACUUACCUUAAUCAGCAUAUGAGGUAUCCUAUUUAAUGGAGUUUUGAUGUCAAUCCAUAUUUCUUUUCUUUCUUCUCGGCUACCUUCCUAAAAAGAAAAAGGCAUAUUUGCAUAUUCUUUUUAUUUGAGAAGGAAUAAUUGUAACUAUGAAUCCGACUGUUAUAAUUUUUAUUGAAGCCCUCUUCUGUGUCU